AUGUCUUUGUUUACCCGUUCUUAUAAUCGAUUUACGGGAGGAAGUAGCACUGGAAGUGGAAGUUCAUCAACAUCAAGAAAUGAGCAAAAUAUCACACAUCGAAAGAAGUUAUCUGCAGUCUCAACUUCGAUAAAUGGCGAUGAUGGUAAAAUAUUUUAUAGGGAAGAAAUUUGGGAAAAAUUGAAUUGUUUUAAAUUUAGGAAUGGUUGCUGCCUCGCCAAGAAAUCGAAAUCCUCCACGGCAUCUUAAAAUUGCGCAAGAUGAAACUGAUGGAGCAAGAAUCUCGACGAAUUUGGUGGAAAGUACACCAGUGGAACAAAAAGCCGCUGAAUUGAGGAAAAACAUUGAAAAGUGAGUUAAAAUAGGUCGGGAUCUUUAGAGUUUAGCGCUUUACUUUCCAAUUUUUGUGAAUUUCGAAAAAGUUCAUAAAAUUAGGAGAAAUAUGAUUUUGAAAUUUCAGAACUGCGCAAACCUUAUUUUUCUUGAUUUUUCUGUAUUAAUUCCACUGGCUAGUUCCUCGUGUGACUUUCACAAAAUUCCGAACUCAAAAUCUGACAUAUUUUUCCAAAGUGAAAUUGUUUAUUACUUCCAACCCCCUUACCCCAUAAAACUUAAUAAUCAAUCAAAAAGCCACAUGUUUUCAAAACUUCUCUUUUGUUCUCUUUGUUUUUGAACUCUGAAACAGUGGUCGUAAAAUGCAGAUGUCGUCCCUCAAUGAUUUUUCAGCCAAAACCCCGCCUCUUUUUUUCCCUGAGUCCGAUUGAGUCAGUCGCCCGCGCACACAAAUAGACAAAUAGUGUGAGCAACAAAAAAGUUGAACAGUUUUUUUUCUUUCGGUCACACAUUUUGAGACUAUUUGCAAAUAUUCGAAAUAUUUUUUUCUUAUCUAACUAAAAAAUUGUAAAAUGCCUUUGCUUUGUGUCAGCAGGUAAGAGUUCAUCUAAAAAAACUAAUUUUUCCUUGAAUAAUUUCAAUUUUUGCAGAAAUCAUGCGGCAGCAAUUGAAUCAGCAAAUGCACCGUCUUCAUCAGCAGCAAAUAAUAAAAAACCCCGAACUUCAACAUCUUCCCUUGCCUCGGUUUUUCGUUCUCGUGCAAGUUCACCGAUCGAAAAAAUGCGCAAAUUUAUUGGAAGAUCAAGCUCGAAAUCGGCUAUUCAAAAAGCUGAAGCAGCUCAAGAAACUCAAGAAGUUCAAAGUUUGAAAUUGGAAAAAGUUGAAAGAAGUCAACAAUGUGAUAAAGUUAGUCUUGUUGAUAUUGGAAUUAUGACUGAAGAAGUUGUUGAAACAAAUAGUGGAUUUUCAACUCCGAAAAGUGAUAAAGAAAAUAUGGUAAGCUAAUAUAGAAACAAAACUAUGUAUAAAUUUUGAAAAUGUUUCAGAAUCCUCAAAAAAUGGCCCAAAAUUCACCAGAAAUUAUUUGUUUAGAAGACAAUAAAUCAGAAAAAGAAAGAAUCAUUUCACUUGAAAAUGAAUUAACACAACUUCGUCAUCAAAUCGAUGAACAACGAGAAGAUUUUCGGCGAACUCGAAAAGAUUUCAUUUUGAUUUUACGUGAAGCUGUUAUGAGAAAAGAUGAGGCUGAAAAACAAUAUGAAAAAUUGACAAAAAGUAUUGCUGAAGAAGAAGAUUGGUCGACUUUGAUGUCACAACAUCGACAUACUUUGAGACGAAAUGUUCUAUUGAUGUGGGCUCAGAAAAAGUUGGUUUUUUUGUUUUUGAAAAUUUUUGUGUCUAGUUUCAAUCUCAAGUUUCCGUAACUUUUGGGGAAAAGCUCGAGAAGUAAAAAACAAUAUCUGAAUUAGAAAAUUGAGGGAUUUAUUGAAAUAUUUCUGAAAACUUGGAUUUCCGGAAUUUUUCAAUUUUUUCUUGAAAAAUCGGGAAAUCUUCAAAUUUUGAAACAAAAGUUUCUGUAACUUUUCUAAAAAAGACCGCAAAUUAAAAAAAAACAAUUUCUGAAACUAAAACAAUUAAGAGAUUUAUUGAACUUUUGCUGAAAAUUUUGAGAUCGAAUAUGAUGUGAUUUUUUUCUUGUAAAAAUCUAGACAUCUUCAAGUUUUGACACCAAACUUUCCGAAAAAAAUAACCAAAAAGUUUCCAAUUUUUCCCUUCACCUUCUUUUUUUCAGACUCGAACCAUAUAGCGAUGAAUUGACUGUCACCAAUUUCAGUUCAGAUUGGACUGAUUGUCGCGCAUUUUGUGCAUUGAUUUAUGAUUUAUUCCCACAACUUGUAAGUUUUUUUUUAAUUUUACUUGAAUUUUAUUUCGUUCAAAUUCCGAAAUUCUAGAUGCCUGAUGUAACCGUUUCUCCAAUAAUUGGUGAUUGUAUUUCUCGCUGCCGUUCUGCAUUUUCUGCCCUCGAAUUACGUUUCGAAGAACGUUCCCUUGGAUUAACUGGUGCCGAUUCAACAGAUGAUUCUUCAACAAUUUCUUCUUCAAUGAGUCUUCCAGAUUGGCGUUAUGUUAUGGAUACUGUUUUUGAGAUUUAUAAACGGGGAACUAGAUUUUAA